AUGAGUUAUUCAUAUCGGCAGGGCGCAAGCACAGACGCCUACCGACCUUCAUCUCACGAUCCAUUUCCCAACCCUUCAGGCGUGAUAGAGCGGUCACGGCAGCUUGCACCGACAUGGGCAAGGCAACGAAUUGCAGAUUUUCGAACCCGUUGCCGGUCAUUGGCCUCGGGCGGAGUAGAGGGUUCUAGAGCCAGGGCGGAGGCAGGGGGGAUGCUGUGGAGAGCUGUGAAGAAACUUUUUACAAUCACUAAUGCUCUAAUAUUAUUCUGGGUUUGGACAUUGUGGUGGGGAGAGCGGACUGUUUUCCAGGAUAGUCUGGAGAAAUGUACUUGGGGAAGCUGGGAACACUGGCCUCGAGAUGCCACGCCACAUCACGUCGCUUUUAUUGCGGACCCGCAGUUGGUCGACCCUCACACCUAUCCCGACCGACCAUGGCCUCUCUCAACCUUGACGGUCCUCUUCACAGAUCAAUACCUUCGACGAUCCUUUUCGUCUAUCCAGACACACCUCGGCCCCGAUUCGGUAUUGUUCCUCGGUGACUUGUUUGAUGGAGGUAGAGAGUGGGCAACCGCGCAUAGUUCUAGUCCGGAGGAACGAUACAAGAAAUAUAAGGACUCGUUCUGGAAGGAGGAAUAUCAUCGUUUCAUCAAGGUAUUCUCGAACCAUUGGAAUGAAGGAGAUUCAUUCUCGAAAAAUGCCCGAGGUCGGAGGAUGAUUGCCAGUUUACCCGGUAACCAUGACCUUGGAUUUGGAUCUGGGGUCCAACUGCCGGUCAGAGACCGAUUCCAGAUGUUCUUUGGAAAUGGCAAUCGCGUUGAUGUUAUUGGGAACCAUACAUUUGUUUCUAUGGAUACAGUUUCUCUCAGUGCAAUGGACCAACCUGACCCAGCAACUGGGAGCUCAGGUACUGGCUCGGGCGAUGGUCAUCAGCCAAACGAGCGUAUUUGGAAAGAGGCCGAGGACUUCCUCAACAAUAUGAGCAUGCAUCGGGCCAGGGCAGAGAGUGAAGAACUUCGCAUGCUGAAGAACCAAAGCGAGGGCCAUCUCUUCACCCAUAAUGCUGUCGAGAUUUCGGAACCCACAAUAUAUCAAAAACCCCAGCCGGAGAUUGUCGGCCUUCCUACAAUUCUUCUCACACAUGUUCCACUGUAUCGCCGACCAGCGACACCUUGCGGGCCAUUGCGAGAGCGUUAUCCUCCAUCCUCCAACGAGCCACUAGAGGAAGAUGAGGGGAAUGCCAUCAGACUUGGGUCGGGAUACCAGUAUCAGAACGUUCUGACACAAACCAUCACCAAGGAUCUAGUCAGUAAGAUCGGACCGAAUCUUGUCCACGUUUACUCGGGAGACGACCACGAUUACUGCGAAAUCUCCCACCGCGAAUUCAGUGGCUCCCCUAAAGAGAUUACUGUGAAGAGUUUCUCCUGGGCCAUGGGAGUGCGCCACCCAGGGUUUGUGCUCACGAGUCUUUGGAAUCCCCUUGAUCCUGCCACAGGGAAGUCCACAGCACAAGGAAAUCCUGCAGCGACGUUACAAAAUCACCUUUGUCUUCUACCAGACCAGCUGUCUAUCUUUAUAUACUACGGCCUUCUGUUUGGGUUCACGAUGACAGUGAUUCUUGUCCGGGCCGUCGUGUGCGCACUGUACCUCCCUCGGUCCAGCUCUACGAGUCCCAUUCUACCUCUCUCUGAGAUUCAUUCCUCUCCUCCCCCAAAUGACUCUCAAGUACCUUCUGCCGGUACGUCCACGUCCAAGUUCCCACCACUGGGUGGCCUAGCCAGUCGUGGCACGAACUAUCCACCUCGAUAUAAGGCAUCGCAGCCAUACCAUGAUGCUUACUCGAAUGUAGAUCGAGACGAAAAUAAGCUACACAGCUCCAAGUGGAAACCAGACCGCACCGAGCACCGGCGGAGAGCUGGCAGCCCGUUUCAACUGGCUCGGGGGGAGUUUUCCGAAUCAUUCUGGUGCAUAGCCAAGGUUGUGUUUGCAUGGUAUUUUUUCUUGAUUUGGCGAUGGUAA